CGAACGAAUUAUUCACACACGCAUGUACGUUCGCAGUACGGAACUGUCAUUGCUGUCACACUUUGCGACGAGAUUGACACAAUAUGUUCGGCUGUUGUUGUUGGUGUUGCUCGGCGCUACGCCCGAGAUACAAAAGACUCGUUGACAAUAUCUUUCCGGUUAAUCCUCAGGAUGGCUUGAUUAAAAAUAACAUGGAGAAACUGACGUUCUAUUCAUUGAGUAGCCCCGAAAAGCUGGAUAGAAUUGGAGAAUAUUUAUUUCAACGUGCUUCCAGAGAUAUUUACAGGAGAAGAAAUGGCUUUGUUGUCAUUGCCAUGGAGGCAAUGGACCAACUUCUAGUGGCUUGCCAUGCACAAACCUUGAAUCUGUUUGUUGAAAGCUUCUUAAAAAUGGUGCAAAAACUGCUGGAGUCGACAGAUCCUCAAUUACAAAUUCUAGCGACACAAUCUUUUGUUAGAUUUGCCAAUAUCGAGGAAGAUACGCCUUCUUAUCACACACGUUAUGACUUUUUCGUGUCAAAGUACUCGGCAAUGUGCCAUUCCAAUAACGACGAUCCUGCCAUACGCAAGCAAAUAAGACUCGCCGGUAUUCAGGGAUUACAGGGUGUUGUGAGAAAAACUCUAUCUGAUGAUCUGGUGGAGAAUAUUUGGGAACCUGUGCAUAUGGACAAGAUCGUACCGUCAUUGCUGUACAACAUGCAGAAUUCAAGAUAUGCCAAUAAGGAAGAUGCGACGCCAGACAGUCCGACUGAAGAACGAUUGGAUCCGCCGCAGUUCGCGGAAACUUGCAUGCGAGAAUUGAUCGGACGUGCGUCAUUCGGCCACAUUAGAUGUGUUAUAAGACCUGUGUUAAGACACUUGGACAACCAUCAGUUGUGGGUUCCUAAUUAUUUCGCAAUUCAUACUUUCAGGAUAAUUAUGUUUUCCAUCCAGUCGCAAUAUUCUUACACUGUAGUGGAAGCUUUAAUGACGCAUCUCGACGAUCAUUCAAAGUCGUCCCCGAAAAUUCGCACUAGCAUAGCGGACACCUUGUCUAAAAUUAUAUCCAUUGCCGCAGGUGAAAGUGUUGGGCCAUCCGUAUUGGAAAUUAUAAACUCCUUGUUAUCUCAUCUCCGAGUUAGCGUAACGAGAAACCAAUCGUCGAGUAGCGACGAGCAGUUGUAUCAAGAAGCCCUUAUUAACGCCCUUGGAGAGUUCGCGAAUCAUCUACCGGAUUACCAGAAAAUUGAGAUUAUGAUGUUCAUCAUGAGUAAGGUUCCGUACAGCCAGCCGGAUCGUAUUGUGUCAGUCGGCAAAGGAGACGUGUUACUUCAGAGUAUACUUUUGAAAUCGUUAUUAAAGGUCGGCACUAAAUAUCAAACUAUUCACUUGAACACGACAUUCCCGCCCAGUUUCUUGGAUCCAUUGCUGAGAAUGUCAUUAGCAGCGGAUGCUGAAAUGAGACUGCUUGUACAAAAAAUAUUUCAUACUUUAAUCGAUCGACAUAGAAACAUCAUGAAACUCGCUAAACCAACUGUGAAUGUAGCGGAACUUGGUCUUGAUGUUGAGAAGGCAUCUCGACCUGACGUGAUCUUUAUUAGGAAACACGGCCCUGAAAUUUAUUUAGCAUUAUACGAAUCAUUAGAACUGUCUAGUAAUACUGUAGAAAAUGUAGAAUCUAUUUAUACCACGUUGGCAUUACUUGCCAUUGAAUUGGCUUCUGAGGAAACCGUAUUAGAAUUGUUGAGAUUAGUGCUGAGCCUUCAAGAUCUGGCAUUGACAAGCAGUCAAAUCAGUCUCACGCUCAAAUUCAACUUGCACGCAAUAGUUAUCAGCUUGUUAGUUUUAAUAUCGUACGUCUGUAAUAUUACUGCUCUGAUGGAUUACGCGAAUAAGGUGGUAGAAGCGCGCCGAAGCGAAAGUCCGCAUUUGCUACCAGAUUUACAGUCUCAAUACAAUACUGGUUUGACAUCUAGAAUAGCGCCGGCUCUUUUAGUUGAUCAAACUGUUGUCAGCGAAUGUCUAAAGGGAGUCGGCCUUGAUAGCGGAAAGUUGCAGCAAGGCACAGGUUACAGUAGCAAUUCUUUACAGCACAGACAUUCUUGGGUUGAUAGCGCCGGACGAAACUCGCUAGCUGAUAUUAAUUCUGGAGGUCCAGACUUAGACAGUGGAGGUUCAUCGCCCGGUGUACAAAAAAAACUACCUGGAGAAGAAUUAACAUUCGAGAGUAUGAAAAGAAUUCUGACAGAGAAUAACAAUAAUCAUAUAGUGGAAGAAGAAAAGCGUAUGCAACUUUCUCAGUUCUUCAGAAACGCACCAUUCCAAGACCUAGUGUCAAAAACACAACCAAAGCACGAUGUUCUACAGAGCAAAUUAUCAGAAAUAUUUAAUACUUUAUCUGUUGACCCGCGCAACACAGUUCCUACAUCUGGACCACAGACAGACGCUAAACCGAGUCAAACCCCAGCUUAUGAAAUCCAUUUUCCGGAGCUGUUUGUAUAUUAAAAACAAAUCGUUCUUGUUGCAUUUUAGUCUAAACUUAGCGUUGUAUUGUCCUAGGUCCUGUACACAUUGUCCAGUAGCACAAUUAGUAAGUAGCUGUUUUUGUGGAAAAAAGCUAGAAUUUUGUUUUAUAUUAUUGUUAAGUAUUUUUUAAUGCAAUGUUGAGUUAUGGGUUAUAUCGUGUUUGUUUAUGUGAAUAUAUACAUGUAUAGACUGUCAUACAUUAUAAAAUCGCUAAUACUUUUUUAUAGAAUCUCCAAUUCAAGUAUUUUUGUUAUAU